CUUUGCAGCUUGCGUUUGACAUUGAAACUGUCAUCUCAAAUGGGCCUCCACCAAAAAGCCUUCCCUCCACAAUACAUAAACCGCGAACAACAGAAACCCAAAGCAGUCAUACCACUACCUACACAGUCAAGGGUUUAGUCGGCAAGCGAGUACUGAGCUUCACAUUCAAUCCACAUCCGCACCACCCCGCAGUCACCAUCACCACUAAAGAAGAAAUACAAAAAAGAAAAUCAAGAAACAGAAAAAAAGAAAGAAAAAUGUCCGCCGAAUCCCUGCCGAUAACCCCAGCGCGCUUUGCGGCCGCGCUCAAAGACCUGCCGGUCUCGUCGCUUCAUCUCAAACUCGCCGAGCUCCGCAACAGCAUCGCCCACCUGGACUACUCCAACGAGCAGCUGCGGCCGUACGCCGAAGGGACCGCCGUCGCGGUCCCCCCCUCCUCCUCCCAACAACAACAACAACAACCACCACAAUCACAGUCAGACGACGACCAGCAACAACAAUCACAACCACAACAGAGAGGCGAGCCAGACCAGGAUUGCAUCGACGCGAUCAGGGAGAACGAAGAGGUCAUUGAGCGGAUGCAGGAGCGCAUCCGGCUGGUGCGGGCGGAGGUGGAGAGCCGUGGGCUGAGCUGGGCCGAGUUUCAGGCCGAGGACAGCAAUGAUAAUGAUAAUAAUAAUAAGGCGGCGGCGGAGGAGGAGGAGGAGGAGGGCGGUGGGGAGCGGUCAGGUCCAAUGGUGAAUGGAAAUGGUGGUGGUGGUGCGGAGGGGAUGGUGAACGGUGCAUCAGCGGUAGGGCGGGACGAGGAAGGCGAGCGGCGGCACUCUGCCUGGACGGAUGGGACCUUCCAGACUGGGGUGAUUCGGAAUGGGGAGUUGCAUAUGGAUGCUGUUGCCGGGUCGCGACGGGGACAAGGGGGAUCGCUCACUGAUGAGGAGUUGCGGCGAAGGAUGGAGGAGCAGUUGAGGGGGUUGGGAGGCAACGAGGAUGACGAGGAAGGCGGGCUGCAUUUGUAAGUGUGGGGGGUUUCAGCUUUGAUGAGUGUGAAAUUUUGUCCCUCUGAAGGAGGGUUGCUUCAGGUCGUCCGGGAAAGGCGCAUGGGAUGGCAUUGCUUCACGUCAAUACCCGGCGAUCGUCAAGGUUAAAGGCGCAAUUUGGUUCAUUGGUUCAUUUGUUGAUGCUGUGAUGGUCUCUGCGGAGAAACCGCAGGGUAAGCCUCCCAGGUUGUGUAAGGAGAGGUACAUGUCAGAGUGCAAACGAGGAUGAGAAACAUGAAGCAGGUGAGAGAC